AUGUCCUACAUCGACACGAGCAAGGACUUGGCGGCUCUCUUUGAGCUUCAGGCGCAGUCGACGCCCGACGCCAUUGCUCUCGAAGACGAAAACCGCACUCUUACAUACGCUCAGCUCGACAGUGAGACAUGGGCACUGGCAGACCGCCUGCGCAAUUGCGGCAUUGGCCGCGAUAGCCUGGUCGGUGUACUGAUGGGGCGCUGCGCUGACAACGUCAUUGCCUCUCUUGCUGCACUCCGAGCAGGUGGCGCCUUUUUGGUCUUGGAACUUGCGUACCCCUCUGCUCUGCUUCGCGACGUUGUCGAAGACGCCCAGCCGACCGUCAUCAUAACGCAGAAGGCCCAUGCUGGCCAAAUCAAGUCCGAUAUCCCCAUAAUCAUUCUUGAUCAGCCUGAGAGUGCCACCAAUGGCUGUCCUGACAUGUCAACUGUCGACACGAAGCGCCCGCUUCCCGAUGAAGAGGACCUAGAUCGCUUGGCCUUUGUGUCGUAUUCUUCUGGAACUACAGGCAAACCUAAAGGCAUUGCCAACCCUCACCGAGCCGCAAUUACCUCGUACAAUGCGAGAUUUGGUGUUUGCGACUUGCAACCCGGUGAUCGGGUCGCCUGCAAUGUCUUCUUCGUUUGGGAAAUGUUGCGUCCACUUCUGCGAGGUGCCACCACCGUCGCAAUUCCCGACAACGCUAGUUACGACCCAAUUGCUCUUGUCGAGCUUCUUGCUGCUCGCAAAAUUACCGAUACCCUCAUGACCCCAACUUUACUCGCCACAGUUCUCUCUCGUCACCCUAAUCUAGGUGAAAAGGUACCUCACCUAAAGUCUUUGUGGCUCAACGGUGAAGUCGUCACGACCGACCUUUGCAGACGCGCAUUUGCGGCGAUCCCGAAUACUCGUAUUCUCAAUGUUUACAGUGCGAGUGAAACGCAUGAAGCCGCGGUCGGUGACAUCAAGACAUUUAUUGACUACGAGACGCGCGUUUGCCCGGUCGGACCUCCUACCGAUCCGGAGCACACAUACAUUCUCGAUGAGGCCGGCAACCGCGUCGCGCCGGGGGUCAGCGGUGAACUUUACGUCGGCGGCGAUAUGCUUGCCCGUGGGUACCUGAACCUACCCGAGACCACCCAGAAAGCUUUUCAGCAAGAUCCCUUUGAGCACAAUGCCAAUGCCCGCAUGUAUCGCACCGGCGAUAUCGCCCGCCUUCUGCCCUCUGGCCUGCUGGAAAUCACUGGCCGUGUCGGUGGCAUGAUCAAGACGCGAGGCUACACAGUGCAGCCAGCUGCUGUUGAGACUACCAUCGUCAAGCACUUGGCAGUGCGCGACUGUGCUGUCGUUGCGACGGGCGAAGGCCUCCAGCGCCAGCUCGUCGCCUACAUCGUGCCAGAAACUAAAGAUAUUUCCGGACGCACCAUUGUCGUCAUUGACGACUCAGGAUACAGCCCCGUGGCACGACGUGCGCUCACUGACCAUUUGGCGCACUAUAUGAUUCCGCCGCUGUGGGUUGAGCUGGUCGAAUUACCGACCCACGGGGUCUCGGGCAAAACUGACCUGAAGGCGCUGCCGCCACCUCCCUCGCCAAAGACUCCGCCGCGCCAGAAGAAGCCGGAGAAUAAUGUACGAGUCAAAAUGGAAACAAUUGUACAGAUCUGGGCAGCUGCCCUGGGCAUGCCGGCAGCCGCCAUUGAUUCCAGCCUCGACUUUUUUGAUCUCGGUGGACAUUCUCUUAUCCUCGCUGACCUGGCCAAUCGCCUAUCCAAGGCUUUUGGCUUCCCUGUGCCUCUGGCUCCGCUUGCUGGUAACCCGACGCUGGAGGGCCACCUCGCAGCCGUCAAGGCCGCGCGCGAUGGUCACACUGCGGCUGUCCAGGCCGACUUACCGGCUGUUCUGGAAGCGGACUGUGUCCUGCCCGAUGAUAUUCAAGCUCCCGCCGGUUCGAAAAUGUGCCGACUGCGCGACGCAGAGACUGUACUUUUGACAGGCUCUACUGGCUAUCUUGGUGCAUUUUUGCUCAAGUCGCUGCUUGAUAAUACCACGGCCAACAUUAUCUGUCUUGUGCGUUUCACCGAACCUACAGAUGACUGCAGACCGGCGGGUAUUGCCCGUGUCCGCAAAAACUUGAUCGAUCUCGGCAUCUGGGAAGAUUCCAUGCUUGACAGGAUCGACAUCUUUCCUGGUAACCUUGCACGAAAGCGCCUCGGUUUGUCGCCAGAAAUGUUUGACGACCUCGCAUCUCGCGCCCAAGUCAUAAUUCAUGCGGCUGCCACCGUCAACCUUGUUUACCCAUACGCCGCCCUGCGCAAUGCCAACGUUGGUGGUACAAGAGAGAUGCUGCGCCUUGCUUCCCGCCAUGGCGCUACCCUGCAUCAUGUUUCCACCAAUGGUGUGCUUCCGCCUUCGGUGGAGGGAUGGCCCGAGGACACAAUGAUCGGCAUUGACGCUGUCCCUACAGAUCUGCUGGAUGGCUACGGCCAAACCAAGUGGGUUGCAGAAAAGCUCGUAUACGAGGCCGGACGCCGUGGUGUGCCGGUCAAGGUUUACCGUCCCGGCACGAUCAGUGGACACUCGACCACCGGUGCCACCAACACGUACGAUUUGCUAAACGCUCUCAUCGUCGAGUCUCUUCAUAUGGGUCAUGUGCCUGAUGUCGACGGUUGGUAUGCGGAAAUGACACCGGUCGAUUUCGUCAGUGACGCCAUUACGACUCUGGCAAAUCAUGAUGAUCCCAGUCAAACAGUGUAUCAUGUUGGUGAUUCCAAGCCUCCCACUGCGGCGAAGAUCUUUGAGUGCUUGCAUGAGCUUGGGUACGAUACCAAGAAGCUUCCUUGGAACGAGUGGGUUGCCAUGUGGCAAGAGAAGCGCGGCUCCAACAAGGGCGACGAGCCUUUCACUGUCGACAUUCUCCGAGGUGGUAUGCCGACUGUGGAAGCACUGCAGUGCGUCAUGGUCCUCAAAGACGACAAGACACAAGAAGCACUGGACUUGUAUGGCAUGAAACGGCCAAACAUUGAUGCUGCUCUCUGGAACACGUAUGCCAAACAUUUUUACGCCCGUGGCUGGUUGCCUCGGCCGCCCCGUCAGAAAGCCAAUGGCGUCAAUGGCGUCAACGGUGUGAAUGGCGCAAGCUUGAAGACCAAGGGUCGUCUUGCUGGCAAGGUAGCUGUCGUUACCGGCGCUUCCUCUGGAAUUGGUGCGGCGGUAGCAGCCGGUCUCGCCAAGGAGGGCGCGCAUGUUGCUCUUGCGGCUCGUCGUCUCGAUGCACUUGAGGCGAUUAAGAAGAAGGUGCUUGUGCACGGAGGCAAGGUACUGACACACAAGACAGAUGUCACAAAGAAGGAAGAUGUUGCGUCUUUGAUGCAGACUGUGCAAGAAAAGCUCGGCUCCAUUGACAUUCUGGUUAGCUGCGCUGGCGUCAUGUACUUUACCAUGAUGGCGAACGUGCAGACGGACGAGUGGGAGCGUACGGUCGACGUCAACUGCAAGGGUCUCUUGCAUUGCUUGUCGAACACUGUCCCUGGCAUGCUGCAGCGGGGCGGUGGCCACAUUGUCGCUAUUUCGUCUGACGCUGGACGAAAGGUUUUCCCUGGACUGGGUGUCUAUUCUGCUAGCAAGUUCUUUGUGGAAGCGACGCUGCAAAGUCUCCGACUCGAAACUUCUGGAACUGGCCUGCGUGUUACUUCUAUCCAGCCGGGUAACACCGAGACUGAUCUUCUCGGCAUGUCUACGGAUAAAGAAGCCCUCAAGAAAUUUGGUGAGCCUACUGGGGCCAAGGUUCUUGACCCGACGGAUGUCGCCUCAUCGAUUGUAUAUGCGGUUUGCCAGCCCCCACAUGUGGCAGUCAACGAGGUUCUGAUUGAGCCCCGUGAUGAGCCCAUCUAA